AUGAUUAAAUUUUAGAAAUUAGAUACUUAAUAGAAUAGCUCAUAAAAUAUCAAAGUUUAAUCUCCAAAAAAUAAAAUGAUUUUUUUAAUGCUUCCAACCCCUGUAGGAAUUGAAACUCAAGCAUAGAAUAUUUUUUCAGGCUCAUCAGAAUUAUUAAAAGUCUUGCCUAACCAUGAUAAAGGGCCUAAAAUAGAUAAAAAAGGUUAAAUUAUUAAACAUACCCUUGUUGGCUCAGCACAAUAAUUUUAAUAAGAAAAAUAACGAAGACUUAAUGAGAAUAAAAAACAUUUUUUAAAAAUGAAAACACAGUUUCUAUCCGAUGGAGAUUCUUAGCCUGCAGUUAAUAACAGUUAUUCAAAAUGUAAAUUGAAAUUUUAUUGUAAUAUUAGUAACAGAAUUUGGAUCUAAUAAAGAAUAACCUAAGAAAUCUCCUCAUAAAAUAAAAUCUAAAGAAUUUUAAAUUAUAUAAUUAAAUGAAGAAUAGGUAUAAUAAGAAAUUAUAGAAGUUGAAAGAAGAGUUAAGACUAAUUAAAUUGAAGUAAUAUUGUUCUCCUAAAAUUAAGACAUUAAAGCUAAAUUAAGAGGUCAAAAGUAAGCUAAAUAAAGGUGAUUAAUUAAAAAUGGACAAAACUGAAAGAGCUCUAAUAAAUUAUUAAAAUACUGUAGAAAAUUGGGAGACAUCUAAAUCAAAAGUUAGCUCUCGUAUAGAAAGAAAAUAAGGUUAUUCAAUGAAUGAAAAAAUAGAUUAAUUUAGAGUGAAACAAGAAUUUAGAUAAUUACUUGAACACUUAACUCCUAUUGAAUAAAAAUUAGGGAAAAACUUUUGGGUAAGUAUUUAUAAUUAUAUAGAAAUAAGGACUUAGAACUUAGGAAUUUUAAUUAAAUAAAAAAUAUCCUUAUAAUUUAGAAGAAGAUUCAAAAUAUUAAAUUGAUUCUAAACCGCCAGUUAUUGAAAUAGUUAGAAGACCUAAUUCCUGUGUAAAAGAUUAUCUUCCUUAUUCAACAUUCACAUCACGCUUCUAUCUGAAUAAAAAAAUAAAAGAAAAUUAAAAUAUGUUUGAGAAAUUAUUACCUUAAAAUAUUGAAAAGAUUGAUCAUCUUUAAUUAGAAGGAUAAAAUAUUCUAAAUUAAGAAAUUAAUUCAGUUCGAAAUCCCAGGGAUAGUUUUGUUAAAAUUACAAAUAUAAUCAAUAAUGUGGAUUCGAAAACUUAUAUAAAAAAAAUCCCUAUAUAAUAAGAAUUGUUACAACCAGAUGAAAUUAUCGAAUCAAAUUAUAAUAAAAAAUACAUAAUUAACACUGGUUAAUUUGGAGGUUUAAAAGGGUUUUUUUGA